GGCAGUGCCGUCGACUUUGAGUAGCAGCAGACAAUGGGCCGAAUCAAGAAGAAAGGGAUCUCUGGCGCGGCCAAAAAUUACAUCACCCGGUCGCGCGCAGUUAAGAAGCUUCAGAUUUCACUCCCAGACUUCCGACGGCUAUGUAUCUUCAAGGGUAUCUAUCCGCGUGAGCCUCGCAAGAAGAAGAAGGUCUCGAAGGGAUCAACUGCCGCGACCACAUUCUACUAUACCAAAGACGUCCAGUACCUGCUUCAUGAGCCCCUCCUCGCAAAGUUUCGCGAACAUAAAGCCGUAGCGAAAAAGAUUGCUCGAGCACUCGGUCGGGGAGAAGCUGGAGAUGCUGCGCGAUUGGAAAAGAAUCUCAUUCCUAAGAUCAAGCUCGAUCAUCUUGUCAAGGAGCGAUAUCCGACCUUUAUCGACGCUUUACGCGACCUGGACGAUGCCCUCUCGAUGCUUUUCCUCUUCGCCAGCCUCCCGUCUAGCCAACAUGUGCCAGCGAAAACGAUCAGCCUUUGCCAGCGGUUAUGCCACGAGUUCGAGCACUACGUCAUCGUCUCCCAUUCCCUCCGCAAGUCGUUCCUGUCGAUAAAAGGUAUAUACUACCAAGCAACGAUACAAGGGCAGGAUAUACUUUGGCUGGUACCGUAUCGAUUUGUGCAGAGAACAGGCGGGGAUAUCGACUUCCGUAUAAUGGGUACAUUCGUUGAAUUCUACACCACGCUGCUCGGAUUCGUCAAUUACCGCCUAUACACGUCAAUUGGGCUUGUGUACCCUCCCAAAUUCAAUGCGAAAGUCGAUGAACAAGGCGGCGAGCUAGGUGCUUUCCAAUUAGAGGGCAAAGGUGUUUCUACGAAUGGGAAUACCACCAAUGGCGACAAACCAGUCGUUGUGAACCCAGAAGCCCAAGCAAUAGCGGACAAGAUUGCAACUCUUCCAGGCACCGAAGAGGCAGAAUCCGAGACAGAAGCCCUUGCUCCAGUUGACGGCGACGAGGAGGAGAACACCGAGGGCAUCGACAAGUUCGAGACGACGGCUCCGGAUGCAGACAUUCUGCCUCAACCGCAGGUCACAGGUGCAGAGGCUGCCUCACUGUUUGCAGGAAUGGUCUUCUAUAUAUCUAGGGAGGCACCAAAAGCUCCGCUUGAGUUCAUAUUGCCAGCCUUCGGUUGCAAGCGCGUUGGGUGGGAUGCCAGUCUUGGUGAUGGCGCAUACACAACGAACGAAUCCGACCCAUCAAUAACUCACCAAAUCGUCGAUCGACCCGCUCUUUCCGAUGCAGAGGCCAUGGCCGUUCCCGAGACAACAAACGGUGGCGCGGCUGCCUUCAAGGCGCAAUGGCCACGAUCAACCAUGCCCGGGCGGACCUACGUACAGCCGCAGUGGGUUUGGGAUUGUAUCAAUCAGGGCAAAUUGCUGCGUCCGGAUAUCUAUGCCCCUGGCGCUGAGCUGCCCCCGCACCUUAGUCCUUGGGUGAAGCCUAAGAAAGGAGAAUACGAUCCGAACCUUCCUUUGCAGCUUCAGGAGCCAGAGGUAGAGGCUCUCGAGGAGGUCGAGGAGGACGAAGAGGACGAAGAGGCAGCAUCAGAUGCGAAGGACGCGUCUUCGAUUGAGAGUGGAGACGAUAUGGCUGCGAUCGUAGACCGAGAUAGCUCCGUUGAAGCCGGAGAAGGCAUGGACGUGGUAAGCUCGGCAGAUGAGGAAGAAGACUCCGAAAGCGAUGCCGAUGCCGGUGCCGAUGAGUGGGAAGGCUUCGAAUCCGACGCCGAGUCCGACGUAUCAGAGGGUGAGGCAGCCCGAAUACGGCAUCAACGCGAGCUGGAAGCGGAAGCUACAGGCAUGGCCAUCGAACCAGAGGCUCAGACGACGAAGUCCAAGAAUGCUGCCUUGCGCAAGAAGGCUGUAAAGAAGCGGCGUGAAGAGGAAGAGGAGAGGGAAAGGCAGAAAAUGAUGCUUUCAAACAAGAAGCGAAAGCUGCUCAAGCGGAUUGAAUACGGAUCCAACAAGCGGGAUACCGAAGCCGAAAAUCUGAGGCGGAAGAGGCGGCGUAUAGAAAAAGCGAAGGCUGCUGCGAAUGCCGUAUGAAUCCGCGGGUUGGUGUUUGGUCUGGCAUCUGGAGGCGUUUAGGGUGCAGAGGCAUUUCAGGAUCCUAAAAACGGUUGUUCGUGUAUAUGCUUAUGAUUCUUGUAACCUUCCUCCCUAUGCUCGGACUUGAGCAAU